AACUAAAAGGUCUUUCUUUAGGAGUCGUAUAAAGACAAAAGUUUUUUUUAUUGUUUUGAUUUAUACGUUAUCUGUUAAAUUGAGCAAUAUGUUAACGGGGUUUUGACAGUAAGUCAUGCCGACAGUCUCUGAACUCCAGCACGUGUACCUUUGGAGAAACGGGCCUUUUGAAUCAGUUCGCUUUUGUUUGUGGACAACGGGCCGUCAGACUCUGGGCUUCCGGUCCAAUAGGACAUUUUAAGAACUGUUGGAUUCGGAAUAAUGGGCAUUCCCCUAAAUAGUAGUAUAUUAGCCAACGUAAUAAAAAAAAAAAAUUGCAGGAUCCAUGUGGAACUACUUGUGAUUGUAGUCCUACCCACUUCUUAGGGGACUCGUACUGUGUUGCACUGAAACCGGAAGUUGCUGGUACGUCGCUGCAAGAAGAAAUGUCCGAGCUAAUGUAGCUAAGCCGAAUGAAUGGACGUUCAUCUCCAAGAUGAUAUGAACUUUUAAGCUCAUAAGUCAACUCUGUCUUCCACGAGUCCCCGCCUCUGCUGGUCAGGGUACCAUGGCAACGAGGAUGAAGCUGAAGCUGAAGACUGUGUUUGUGCUCUACUUCAUGGUCUCCCUGCUGGGCCUCCUCUAUGCUCUGAUGCAGCUCGGUCAGCGCUGCGACUGCUCAGAGCACGACAUGCCUAAAGACCGUACCAUAUCUCGGCUGCGGGGGGAGCUGCACCGUCUUCAGGAGCACAUGAGGAACUCUGAGGCGACUAAGCAACCACAGAAACCCCAAGCCAACCCCACCAUCUUUGUCAUCACCCCGACAUACGCAAGGCUGGUGCAGAAGGCCGAGCUGACUCGUCUAUCCCAGACCUUCCUCCAUGUUCCUCAGCUGCACUGGAUCGUGGUGGAGGACUCGCCGCAUAAGACACCGCUGGUGUCUGACCUCCUGGCGAAGAGUGGCGUGACCUACACACACCUACACAUGCCCACCGCCAAGGACCGCAAAAUGCAGGAGGGUGACCCCAGCUGGCUGAAGCCUCGUGGAGUGGAGCAGAGGAAUGAGGGUCUACGGUGGCUCAGAGAAGACAGAAGGGCUCAGCCAGGAGGAGACAACCAGCAGGGAGUGGUUUACUUUGCUGACGACGACAACACAUACAGCCUGCAGAUCUUUGAAGAGAUGAGGAGUACCGUGCGAGUGUCUGUGUGGCCAGUGGGGCUGGUUGGAGGGAUGAAGUAUGAGAGGCCUGUGGUCGAGGGAGGAAAGGUGGUUCGCUUCCACACCGGCUGGCGUCCCAGUCGGCCCUUCCCGAUGGACAUGGCCGGCUUUGCCGUGUCCCUCAAACUCGUCUUGGCCAAUCCAGAGGCCUGUUUCGACGGAGAAGCACCGAUGGGCUUCCUGGAGAGCAGCUUCCUUCAGGGAUUGGUUACCAUGGACGAACUGGAGCCUAAAGCAGACAACUGCUCUAAAGUGCUGGUGUGGCACACACGGACGGAGAAACCCAAGAUGAAGAGAGAGGAGGCUCUGCAGGCACAAGGUCUGGGUUCAGACCGUGCAGUGGAGGUCUGAGGAACACAGCACACACACACACACACACACACACACACACACACACACACAUUGUAAAGCGUACUCUGCUGCAUAUGUAAUUCUGCGUUGUAAAUACUGUAAAACAGAACAAAUAUCUGUUAGAGGUCACAUUUAAAUGUAUCUGGUCUUUUUUGUGUCAGAUAGUAAAUGUAUGUGUGUAUAUAUUGAGUGAGUGUGUUACAACAGUGUAUGUUAUGUAUCGGGGUUUCUUUUGUUUUUAGUGAGUUAGUCAUUUUUGUCCAGCAGUACAGUGGAGGACGACUCUGGAGUUUAAACAAUGGCCUGAAGGGGGGGCCACUUUUAAACUUUGCAAAGUCAUGCUGUUAGACCACCAGUACAUUUUUCCUUAAAGUUGGAGGAACAAUGCAUCUUAUCGCAGACGUCCAUGCUUGCAUCACUCACAUGUUUACUUGUGCUCAGUGUAAAUCCUGCAGUGUGAUUCACUCCUGAUGGAAGUUAGAUGUUUUUAUGGCUGAGCUACUACAGCCUCCUGUCUGUUUCCUCUGCUGAUCUGUAACCAACUUCAUCAGUGAAGCCACUAAACAUCUGGACUCACUUCUGACCGGGAUACAGUUGCAACGGAGCACUUCAUUAAUGCAUGGCUUCUAUUUUCGCUUGAUUAUUGUCCGUAUUUAAUUACAUAGAAGUGUUUUUACCUCCGCAAGGACCAAAUGUUUUCUCUUCAGUUUGUUUGUCUGUCAGCAGAGUUAAGGAUAAACUACUGGCUUGAUUUUAUAAAACUUCGUGCAACAUGCGCCAAGGAAGAAGAACAUAUUACAUUUUGGAUUCACUGUUCACAUUAUUUUUUACUUUUGUUAACAUCGGGCACUCGGAAAGCGCUGAUUUCCGCCAAGGCCGUUUCCAUAAGUGAAGGAUAAUGCGCGUGUCUGGUCUCGGAUCAGCUCCAGAUUGUUGUGGGUUUUUUCUUGGCGCAUGCUGCACCCUUCAACCAAGUUACAUUAAAAUCGGGCCAGGAGUUUCUCCAUAAUCCUGCUGACAAACAAACCGAACUGAAAACACAAGCUCCUCGUGGAGUAAACAACACCGUCAUAGGCAUGAUAAUAAUCUUUUAUACAACCGGUCUAAUCCUAAUGUCUGCAUUUGCUAUCGAAGUACAGUUUAGUAUUGUGGAGCAAAGGUGCUUUUUUUUUUUUACUGUUAGAUAUGCUAUAACGAUAGAGAAAUAGUUGUUGCCUUGUAUUAAUUAUGCUCUCAUACACACACAAGUUGAGCAACUUAGCAACACAGACAACAAACAGACGUGCUUGUUCCACACCCAGUGUUGCUUUAGUGUUGAAGCUCAGAGCGCAAAUGCUGGUUUUCACAACGGCCGCAUUUUUAUAUGUAUAUUUUAGUGGCGCUUUUUAAAGACAUAAUGCUCGUGGAAUCCAUUUGGAAGCCCUGAAUAAGGGAGCAACACUACUGACACUCAGAGAAAUCCCUUAUGCAAUAAGCAGAUACAAAACACGCCGUCCGUGUUACAGUUCCACUCUGAUGACAAGAAAAAGACUUGGAAUCCCCGGUACUUUGCAGUAGCUGUGUAGAAGCUUCAAAUAUAAAUAGAAACACUUGAGAUGAGCUUUAUUAUCUUCCAUCAGAAGUUGGAGAAUAAAAGAAAAGAAUAAAUAAGUGCUGCUCAGCUACUGUUGUAUGAUACUGUACAAACAGCUAGUGCCUGCGUGAGUGUAAUUAGUGCCUGUGAGUCACUUCUCUUCUGGUGUAUUAUGUAUUUAUUACUGUAAUAAUAUUGGUAUUUACAAUGUGAAGUCUGUCAUUGGCCUUGAAAAUAAACCCUAAAACAUG